UGAAACAGAAAAUCGCGAGAUGCCAUCUACAAUGGACUCGAUGGUCGAUGUUUUCAAUAUUUCAGUUUUUUGGUUACAUUGAGAUCCAAAUUUUUUUUUCCAUCCGAAAAAUGAUCUAUCAAGAAUUUCACGAGGAUAUGAUGUGAUACAAAAGUCAAUAGCUCAUUGAUUUAUGGUUUAAUUGGUGAUUGGAAUUUUUACGUGACAGUGCAAAGUUUGUGAUUAUUUUCCCCACGUCGGCGUGUAAAUACAGGGAAUUGUGUAUUAUUUUUUUAUUUAUUUUUUUAAUAUCAAUCAGGGUAUCAGCGUGAUUAUAACACGGAAAGAUGUCUUCUAAGAGCGAAUUAAAAAAACUAUCGGAGGAGAGUUUGACUCGUCAACCAGAGGAGGUCUUCGACAUAAUCUGCAAAUUGGGAGAGGGAUCUUAUGGAUCGGUCUAUAAAGCCCUCCACAAGGAGAGUGGACAAGUGCUUGCCAUCAAACAAGUGCCCGUUGACACAGAUCUCCAGGAGAUAAUCAAGGAAAUAUCGAUAAUGCAACAGUGUGAUUCCCCCUACGUAGUUAAAUACUACGGGAGUUAUUUCAAGAAUACAGAUCUGUGGAUUGUGAUGGAGUACUGUGGUGCUGGUUCUGUCAGCGAUAUAAUGAGACUCAGAAAGAAAACACUCCAGGAGGAUGAAAUAGCCACAAUCCUCUGCGACACACUCAAGGGCCUGGAGUACCUACACCUGAGGCGUAAAAUUCACAGAGACAUAAAGGCUGGAAAUAUUUUGCUCAAUAACGAGGGACACGCCAAGUUGGCGGAUUUUGGUGUUGCAGGCCAAUUAACAGACACAAUGGCAAAGAGAAAUACAGUGAUAGGUACACCCUUCUGGAUGGCUCCAGAGGUGAUCCAGGAAAUCGGCUACGACUGCGUAGCGGAUAUUUGGUCCCUGGGAAUAACUGCCCUGGAGAUGGCAGAGGGUAAGCCACCGUACGGUGACAUUCACCCAAUGAGAGCAAUCUUCAUGAUCCCGACGAAACCCCCACCGAGUUUUCGAGAGCCAGACCAGUGGAGUCCUGAGUUCAUCGAUUUUGUGAGUGGCUGUCUCGUGAAAAAUCCCGAGGAACGUGCAACAGCCACUGAAUUACUGAAUCACGAGUUCAUUGGGGCAGCCAAGCAGCCGAAUAUCCUGAGUAUGAUGAUAGCUGAAGCACACGACAUCAGGGAGAAACAAAGUGCCCAUCGCACCCACGUUAUCAAUAAUGUUGCCAUCAAGGGACAGGCCAAUGAUGACUCGGAUGAUGAUGACUGCAGUGGCACCAUGAAACCUCUGCCAGAGGAUCCUGGAACUCUGGUACCCAGUCACGAUCUCCCAGACACUGGGACACUUGUCUCUGGGAUUCUUGAUCUCGGGACGAUGGUUAUCAAUAGUGAUACUGAUACUGAGGCUACUAUGAAGAGGCACAACACUGGCUCUGUCGAGUCUGGGAAGAAGUAUCGACCUCUAUUUCUUGAUCAUUUUGAUAAGAAGGAGGCACCUGACAUCGUCAAGGGGAAUGGACAGGUGCUUCAUGAAGCUGACAAGGUUGAGAUACCAACUACUGAGGCUCAGAGGUUUCAGAGCCAUCUUCAGCUUCAACUCAAUCAGAUCUCACAUCCUGUGCCUGAACAGCAGCACAAUAACAUAUCCAAGUUUCAGAAUGCGUUUAAUGAACGAGAUUUCGAUUUUUUGAAGUUCUUGUCAUAUGAGGAACUCCAACAGCGGAUGGCAAGUCUCGAUGCAGAGAUGGAGCGUGAGAUUGACGAACUCCGCAGAAGGUAUCAGACAAAGAGACAACCCAUUCUCGACGCAAUGGAUACGAAGAGAAAACGCCAGCAGAAUUUCUAACACUGUGGUAUUUUUUUGUGAUAAAACGAUAAAACGAAUGAUACAAAUGGGAAUGUACAGUUGUAUAAUAUUGAUAGGUCUUCGACUCCGAUGGAUUCCCUCACUCGAAUCACCUGGGUAAUUAUUCUUUAAUUACGUAUGAAUAUUCUUCCUCUCCGGGCUUCUACUUCGAAUUUCUUCCUGGGGAUAUCCCAUCGGUUAUCCCGGGGAUUCGAGCUGGGGAUUCACUGAUACUAGCCAAUAGCCUCACGUCAAGAAUGUAAAUGAUUUUACAUGAUCGAUGUUAGUAAUGCAAAUGAGGGCUGUCAAAUUCAAAUCGUCAAUUUAUUCUUUCUCAUUAAUUAUCGUAAUUAAUUGUAAUUAUUUUGACACAACAAGCAAAACCGGGAAAAUUUAUACAAAUUAAUUUCUAUUCAAAUCUGUUUAAUGCAAUCAGCUCUGGAAUUUCAUAAAAUAUUCGGUAGAAUUUUUCGGACUUUUGAAAAUUGCAAUAAAUCGAGAAGUUUUCUUACUGUUUCCUCAUUUCCAUUACUGACGGACUGUAGAGAAUACGAAGAGGACAACAAUUAUACUCAACUCUUUUUUUUUAUGUUAAUUGAAUGUAGUUAUUGUUGAAUACACUAUUCUUAUAGAGUUAUACAGUGAAUAUAGAACGAGAGAAAAAUGUUUAGGGAGUAACGCGACGAGUGGGAGUUUAAUUAUGGGCUGAUUUUUUUUUAUCUUUUUUUAUUACUAACAGACUAGUCUUCUUCGCGCCAUUUUACGUGAAUCAUUGCGUUUUUUUUUUGCUUCUGCUGCGUCAUAUAUAGUUUUAGGGGACGUGAGGGUCCACUCGAUUAAGUGUCAUUCGAGCUCAUGAUUUUAGUUUGAUUAAUUAAUUAUUUUAAUGGGGAGUUAUUGCAAUAGAUGAAUUGCUUUUCGUUUGAUUUCGAGUGGAUAUUGUAUUAGGUUCUCCCAGGGCACGACUGGCUACAUUAAAUGAUUAUUAAUCGAUUAUUGGAAAUGUAAAUUGGUUGGUAGAGUAAUUCACUGGGAGUUGGUGAAAAUUAAUUGAUUAAUUAGAAAAUAGUCUUCCCUUUAAGUACGCAUGUGCUUCAUUGAUCGGUGGACAAUUAAUCGAUGGCUAUUUUUUAGUUGGAGUUUUGGGAAUAGAUUUUGUAGGGAAUUUAAUUGGAUCGAGUGUGAAUUACGGUAGAGUGUUGUACUCAAUAAUUUUUUUUUAGUGAGCUAUGAUUUUUCAGGGCAAUCACGGUUUUUUGUUUGAUAUUUUAACGUCGAAUGGGGAAACCUGACAACGAGCUCAAAAUUCCCCAAUUCAGUAGAGAUUAUUCUAUUUUAAUUCUGUCAAUUCUACUGCGAAAUUACGAUAAGUCAUUUUUGACCGGGGCCAGGUUUUAGCCGAUAUCUCGGAAUUGGAGAGAGAUGACGAUAUUUUCAUUGAUACCUUUUUUGUAGCUCUCAUCCUUUUCUAUAAAAAUUGUUAUUGCACAAAAUUCGCUAUGUGCAUUCGAUUCCGAGAUAUUGGCUGAAAACUGGACUCGAAAAAAAAUCACUCAUGCUAGUUUACGACUUUGCUACUGAAUUCAACUGACUACUCCGCAUUUUCAAUCGUCCUCUGAAUAAAUAAAUAAAUAACCGGAUAUUGAAGAAACAAAAUCCAGGUUUUUCCAUAUUUUUCGCAGUGCAAAAUUCGAGAAUAUAAACAAAGAGUAGUGCAGAACGAAUGACAACAUAUUUUUGAUAUAGACUGAGAGAUGAUCUGAAUUUACAAAAAGAAAAAAAUAAAUAGACCAGUGAGACGAUAUAAAUUAGAAACGGGACUAACAGGAUCGACCCCACCAAUUUUUUAUUUCAUUAAAAAAAAAACCUAUUUAUUAAUCUCACGUCAGGAAUCAUGUAUUUGCGCAUUUGUGUUAUACAAAAUACAUCACUUAUUUAUUUGUAUUACGAACGUAUAAAUUCAUUUUUCAUUGUUAAAAUGCAUUAAUGAGCAGAUGAGUCGAACCAACGAGAAAUGAACAAUUUAAUAUCAAUUAAUUCGUUCCUCCAGAGACAUAAAAAUGUUUUCGUCAUUAUUCUUGUACUGUACGCACUAAGAAUUGUAAGAUUUUGUAAUUAAAAAAUUAUUAGUAGUUAAAGUACAGAGUUGGCAAUACUCCACUAGCUGAGCCAAUGAUCCAAUGGAAAUAAACAAUAUUCAAUUCGAUACGAACAAUAAAUAAACAAACGCUAGGCCAGAAAUUGAAUAACGAUAAAUUCUAAAUGAACAAUAGACAAUUAUGCCGAGUGGUUUUUACAAGAGCAUUAAAUACAUUGAAAUAUAUAAUAAUUACUGAUUGAACAAGCAAAUGCACAAUCUUCAUAAGGGGCCUUGUCUUUAUACAAAUGAAUGAGUGGAUUCUUACCAACCCUGAGCAUAAAAAGCAUUUGAAUAUUAAAAUAAAGAACUUCUUGAGAUAUUA